AGCUGGAGGAUAGAAGAAGGUAUGAUGGGUCAUUCACUCAUGGGGGGCUUCAUAAUCACAGCCGCCUGGAUCUUGGCCACAGUCUGCUACGCUGAAGAUUCCUGUCCAGAGGUUAAGAUAAUAGGAGUUGGUGACUCUGAGAAGUUGACCAUCCUGAGGGGGUGUCCGGGGGCUCCUGGAGCUCCUGGGCUAAAGGGGGAACCGGGAGAGAAAGGAGAAAAAGGAUCAUCGGGGUUGCCUGGAAAGGUUGGACCACCAGGACAAAAAGGUGAAAUUGGUGCCAAUGGAAUCAAAGGAGAAAAAGGAGAGAAAGGGGAACCUGGAGCAUCACAACCGUUAUAUGCUGCCAGGAACUGUAAGGAGCUCCUAGACCAGGGAGAGAUCCUGAGUGACUGGUACACGAUCUAUCCAGAUGGAGAACAAGCCAUGAAAGUUCUGUGUGACAUGGACACAGACGGAGGAGGGUGGAUUGUUUUCCAAAGACGUUGGGAUGGAUCAGUAAAUUUCUUCCGCGAUUGGAAUUCCUACAAAAGGGGGUUUGGUGGUCGGCUGAACGAGUUCUGGCUGGGGAACGACAAUAUUCAGAAGAUAACAUCCACUGGUAAAUGGGAACUCCGUGUCGACCUACAAGAUUUUGAAACUACAAAGACUUUUGCCAAAUACUCGACCUUCCAAGUACUAGGAGAGUCUGAGAAGUACCAGCUAGUACUCGGAGCCUUUCAGGAGGGCACGGCAGGAGAUUCUAUGGCUGGUUUGAAUGGUGUGAAAUUCAGUACCAAAGACGACGACAAUGAUUUGUAUGAAGAAGGAAGCUGCUCCGAACUUUACAAAGGGGGCUGGUGGUACACCAAAUGCCACAACGCCAACCUGAAUGGAUUAUAUCUACAGGGGCAACACAGUUCCUACGCCAAUGGCAUUAACUGGUCCUCCGGCAAAGGCUACAACUACUCUUACAAGCAUUGUGAGAUGAAGAUUAGACCUGUUUAAAAUCUUAAUGAAACUUUAGAAUUUUCAUUUUAAACAAUUAUGUGGUUUUUUUAUAUGGAAACAGGGCUAGAUUUUUGAGACGACACAUCAGGCGGUGGCUUGGAGAAUUUUGUUGAGGGCAGGGCUGUCACACUGAAGUGGGAGUGGCUAUCUUUUAAACUCCACCCAGUUCCCCGAGUUUUCAGACCCCUACUCAGCCAAGCCGUCCACAAUGGGGUCUAGAUAAGGUCUUUAGAAUCUAUGCCUAGGGGUGCCUCGACGGACGAUCCAUGUCUUCGCUGAAGAAGACACACGAAAAAAACAGUACCUAUUAUUAUUAAUGAAAUGAUUGCUUUUGGCCAGUUUAAAUGUUUUAAGAUUUAAAAUGAUUUAAAAUGUAAUAUUAAGAUUUAAAAUGAUUGAAAAUGUUUUAUUAAGAUUUAAAAUGAGUUAAAAUGUUACAUUAAAAACUGUCAUCGCUACGGAAUGUGUUGGCGCUUUAUAAAUAAAUGUAAUGUUUGCGCUGCAGGUCCCAUCGCUCUCAGCCAGUAA